CGGUAACUUUAGGGAGACUUUGGGAUUCAGGAUUCAAGGCCGCUUUGGACUUAGUCAUUCGCUGAAUUUUUCAGCUAACCAGAGAGGAGGGCUUUGCGUGUGUACCACACACACAUUAAGUGGGGAAUAAUGCCGAUACCGUCAGCGCAUCGCGUCUUGGCUGUGUAUCUCACCCUCUUUGGAUACCUUGGAGACGUUUACGCAGGGACAGUUCUGAUGAACUCUAACGCAAUUAAAAACUUGCCCGGUGCUUUGGGUGGCAAAGGCGCGGACACUGUCAGUCCGAGUCCGGUCUCACCUCCCGGUAGCAUGGGACACAGAUCACCCGUAGACACCUUGCAGCAGUCAGGUGUUUGCACGGAUGACGAAGACUGUGCAGGUGAUGAAUUCUGCAACGACGCCCGAGGCGCCUGCCUGCCGUGUCGUAAGAGCAGGAAGCGUUGUGUACGAGACUCCAUGUGCUGUGCAGGAAACCGCUGCAGCAAUGGUGUUUGCCAGGCAAAUGACAUAGAUUAUACAGAUGCAUCCAUCAUGACUGGCUGGCACAAAUGCAACAACACCCUGGAGCAUCUUACAAAGAGGCCUCCCACUGGCCAGGAGCCUCAUGCUGUGAAAGGCCAGGAGGGAGAUACUUGCCUGAGAUCCGCAGACUGCACUGAGGGUUUGUGUUGUGCUAGACACUUCUGGUCUCGCAUCUGUAAGCCUGUGCUGACAGAGGGCCAGGUGUGUACACGCCACCGCAGGAAAGGCACCCAUGGCUUGGAGCUGUUCCAGCGCUGCGACUGUGGCGACAGCCUGACCUGCCGACCAGACAAAGGAGAACGAGAUCACAGUGUCAGCAGGACUGCAGCCCGGAACCUACACACCUGUCAGAGACGCUGAUACAAACACGUGGCCACUCACACCACACACACACACCCAGCAAACCCAAAAAAUCUGUCACACACACACACACUGACAAACACUUUUUAGCCUUGCAUACACCAGAGAUGCUGACAGACACACACAAACACCCAACAUCUAAAACAUUAUUUCCUGCCAAAGCUGCUGACUCAAACAGAGCCCCUGGAAGGAUAGACACGAUUCCUGGAAAGGUGAUACACCCAGAGGGAUGCAACAGUGCAAGUUGGACUGAUCCAAUUCCACAUCAACAGCUGAGGAGUCUGAACUUAGGAAGUGACAUUUCAGAAGUCUUGGGAAGAUCGAUCUAUGUCAUCGGUGAUGGCAAAGUUGUUUUGUUUCUCUUUUUAUGGAACUUCAAGAUUCAGUUAUGUAUUGCAGUAAAUUACUGCACUGUAAAUAUAAUGUUGUAAAUAUU